UUUUCUCAUCCUUGUUGACCGGACAAACAGUUUAGCUGUAAUCGCUGAGGAGGUGCCACCUCUAGAGGAAGCCGCUGAUCAUCUCAAGCUGAUAUCACCUUGAGUUGCAAACUGCAUCAGAGGCGGCAGUGAUGAGAUGGUCACUUUCUGCUGCUUCCUGCAGACUCUGGUGGGCCAAAAACUUUUCUGAGCAUCAGAGGAUUUCUUUUUUUUUUUUUCACAUCUCUUGCACAAAGAUGUUUACAGAUUUGAACCAGAGAAUGACCGACUUAGCAGGAAGCUGUGGUGUGGUUGACACACUCUUUAGCGGUGUAAAGAACUCCCUCCAAUGGGUAAAGCGCCUCUCCGUCAGAACAGCAGCUGAGGAUGGAGAUAGCGGUGCUCUGCGCUAUAGUUGGUUGCCUCAGAGUCCUUCCCAGCAGAUCCCAGUUCUUCCAGUAUGAGCCUGUUACUCUGAGCUGUGAGGGAAACUCGUCUGAGUGGAGAGUCCGAAGAAACACGUCAGUAAAAACAAACGAAAUCUGUCCGUCCCCAUCCCAGAGAAAGUUCUCUAUGUGCUCCCUUCCUGAGCUAUAUCCAGUAGACUCUGGAGUUUACUGGUGUGAAUCUGCAGCAGGAGAACGCAGCAAUCAAGUCAACAUCACUGUUACAGAAGGACCGUUGAUCCUGGAGAGUCCUGGACAUCCAGUGAGGGAAGGGGAACACGUGACUCUUCACUGCAGAGCCUUAUCGUUUGUCUACAAUCUUACUCAUUUCUAUAAAAAUGGCGUCCUCGCUGGGACCAGCUCUACGGGAAACUUUUCCAUCCGACGUGUUUCUAGAUCUGAUGAAGGACUCUACAAGUGCAACGUCUCUGGAGUCGGAGAAUCCCCAGAAAUAUGGCUGGCUGUCAGAGGGCACAGUCCUCAAACACCUACUGCUCUCCUCACACACAUACUACUUCCUGUUGUGGCCGGCUGUUUGUUGCUGAUGUUGCUGAUGUUGCUCUGCCUCUGGAGAAACCACGAAGGUAGAGUGGAGAGUGCUGUGUUAUACACCAAUGUCACCCCUAACUGA